AUGAGUCAUAAAUAUAAUAAGAACAACAACUCUUCAGGAAAUAGCCGAUCGCAGAUCAGCAAAAGUCAUAACAGGCCGCAACGACCAGUAGAAAAUCUUGAUAAGUAUAAUACAUUAUUAGAAAAGGUCGAAGAAGUAUUAAAUAUCGAUAGAAUAGUCGCGAAAGUGAACUCAACUACGAUAUUGGACACCUUUCCAAUCGAGUCAUUCGGGAAGUAUUCCUUUGACGAUCUCGAGAAACCAGACAUUGUAGAGAAGUUAUCUUCCAUCAUAGUAGAAGCAACAAGAGAGAAGGUUUCUGGUUAUACAGAAGGAAUCAAAAUCAAGAGGAGAAAAGACAGCGUGAGCUCGACCGGAACCGGCGGCUUAUACUUACCUGAGCAAAAAGUGAUCCCCAAAACAAUGUCACUCGUCACACAAUCAAAAAUGGCAGUAGAUGAGUCAAACGAUGACAAGAAUCUAACUCUGGAUGGAAUAAACGAAGAAAUCGACCAAGUGAACCAAUCCAUCAAAGAGAAAGAAAAAGAUGAGAUGGAUAACCGGGAUGAAGGCUUCCAAAAAGGUGAUGGUUACGAUAUGAGCAACAGUAAUAAAGGGCAUGAUAGCCUUCACGCGCUUAUUCUUAAGCGGGUUCAAGAAUUGCACCCAACUCUACUCGAUUUGGGAUCACAGGCAUUUGCUACAGGAAUAACAUCAGAAAAUAAGGUUGCUUGGGAUAAGUUUAACGAAAUAUCUCAUGGUAUAUUUGAUAGGUCUAGUAACUUCUUCAAUUAUUAUAUCAUAUACGUAUUAGGUUAUGCCCUUCCCGAGAAGUAUAAGUCGAGAAUCGAAAAGUCAUAUGCAGCGACCCUGAACAUCCCUAGUGACGGUACUAUCCAAGCACUUAUAGAUGAUGAUAGUUUAUUAAAAAACCAAGACAUCAAGGUAGCAUCUGAGGAUACCAGAGUUAAUGGUCAAUCAGAUCUAAACACGAAAGAAAUCGAAGACGUAUCUGAGAUAGUUCCUCAAACAAGUGAGAUGGGUUCGUCUGCUAGUCAGAGUACUUUCGGUGCUUCUGUGUCAGUACAGCCGACUGAUGAUGAACUGAAAAAGUUAUUGAAAGGUGAGUUCUUGAGCACGUCACCCUUAGAUGAACAUCUAGUAGAGAGAAGCGUUGACAUACCGGCAGAGACAGAUGAGACAGAAUUCACUGCUAAAGGGGGGAAGAUAGAGAAACAAGAAGAUAUAGUACAGGAGCAAGAACAGAGCGCAGGGCUAAAAAUAUUAUGCCAUAGUCCACAGCUAUCUUCCAUUAUUAAUCAAGAGAACACCAGUGCUGAUGCAACUAAUGGAUUAGAUGAACUCAAUAAUCAAAGCUCUCUCCUUAACAUCACAUCAGGAAAUAACGGAGAAAUACAACAGUCGCAACCCGUAGGAAAUGGCGUCAGUGAUAACGAGCAAGGUGAUGAUUUGAUAGAUAAAUUACUAACAGAUGUAGAAGACAUCAAGAAAGGGCGAGAAAACACGACAAAAUGGGUAUCAGCAAUGAGCGAUACAGUGAAGAAGGAGCUACAGAAGCUGCGCAAUGAUAACGAGGCGUUGAAAGAUAGGUUCCGCUUUCUCGAAGAGAUAGUAGGGACUGAGACUCAGCGGCAUACUGAAGAAGCUCAGAGGAACAGAGCUACAUUGAACGAAAUGUCAGAUGCAAUUAAGGACUUAACUAGCCAGAUGGCUCAUUUGAGGGUUACUCUGCCGAACUCUCAGACUACUAAUAUCGUAGUGGACUCCCUGGUGUAUACCAACUCAAAUAGAACUGUACCGAAACCACCCAUAUCUGCUGACAUACCCCAAACGGUUCCGCCACAGUCUAUAACCACUCCUGCAUCACAACCGCCAAGUGCCGGAGCAUCAGAUAAUAUGGCUGCAUUGCGCAAGAAGCUGAUAGAAAGAAACCGUCAACGGUCUUUACAGUCCGGGUCUUCUUACAUCAAACCACCAACAAGCCUUGAGAGACCAGACGAACGGCCCAUGUCGUCUGGGAGCCAGAAAGCGGAAAUUAUGAUGAGUAGCGCCCAGGUAGCCGAGGCUUUGCGUCAGCAGAGAGUGUACAAAGUAAACACUCUUAUGGCAAGAAAGGAUACAAAAUCGGUAUCGAUACAAUUGGAUUAUGCUGCUCCAUCAACUUCCGGUACAAUAGUUGAGCAAGAAGGAGAGGUUAACACAAACGCAAGAGAUAAGAAUCUCAUGAGUGUUUCCUCUAUGGGCUCUAAUUUGGUAGAUAUAAGUAAAAGAAUGCUGUUGAAGAAAAGUGAGCUUGCGGCGUUAAGUCAGAUCGCAAAGAAAUGGAAUCUAACAGUGUGUGACGACAUGUAUAAGCACUUGUCAACAUCUAGCACGAUGAUUCAGGUGACAGACGAAAUGAAAAAAGCUAGAGAUGCCUUAUCACAAAUCGCAGAUGAUGCUACGAAAGUUAGUCAGACAGCAUCUGCUAUAGGGCUUUUCGAGAAACAUAUGGACUCAAUAGGGCUAUCCAACAAUUCCCGGGACGAGUUAUUCUCUAUGCUGAGGGGACAUGCUUCAGACUUGUCAGUACUAGCUAAAUUUUUGGGCUUUUAUGAAGUGUUCAUCAAAACCCUCAUCAAAUCAGAAGCAGAUCGAGCUUGA